AUGCUCCCGUCCGCGUCGUCGAUUGCGCAUGGCGUCGGCCGCCUCACGGACAUGGUCCUGGCGAAAGGCGCUGGGUCGUUUGUGUGGAACGUGGAAGGCCAGAAGCUGUUGGACUUUACAAGUGGCAUCGCUGUGACAUCGUUGGGCCACUGCCAUCCUCGGAUCGUGGAGGCAGUGCAGAAACAAGCAGGACAGUUGGUCCAUGGCCAGGCAUCCGUGGCAUACCACGAACCAAUGUUCAAGUACUCAGCAGCCUUGCUUCCUUUGCUUCCUCAGGGACUUGAUUCACUGAGCUUCUUCACAACUGGAGCUGAAGCCGCUGAAAAUGCUGUCAAGUUGGCUCGGCAUGCCACGGAAAAGCCCAACGUGAUCGUCUUCCAAGGAGGUUUCCACGGUCGAACGAUUGGAGCCAUGUCGUUCACGACCAGCAAAACGAUUUACAAAGCUGGCUUUGGACCCCUCGCGAGUGGCGUGUUUGUGGCGCCGUACCCAUACUCCCUCCACAGCCCAUUUUCGAAUCCAUGUGCCCAGACGAUUGCCUGGUGUCUGGAGCAAGUGGAGCUCGUCCUCAAGCAGCAAACGGCACCGUCCGAAACUGCAGCGAUCUUGAUUGAAACCGUGUUGGGGGAAGGAGGGUAUGUACCGCCCCCACCUGGCUUUCUCGAAGGGCUCAACUCCCUGUGCCAUGACCACGACAUCCUCUUGAUAGCAGAUGAAGUGCAAUGUGGAUUUGGCCGCACGGGCGAAUUGUUUGCCAUCGAUGGGCACUACAACACCACUCCAGAUAUUUUGGUCAUGGCAAAAGGAAUCGCGAAUGGAUAUCCCCUAAGUGCCAUUGCAAGCCGCAAAGACCUGACAGAUCUCCAACCAAAGGGGUCCAUGGGCGGCACGUACGCUGGAAAUGCCGUGAGCUGCGCCGCUGCGUUAGCCACAUUGGAUGUGUUUGAAACAGAAAACACGCUGGUCAAUGCGAGUGUUCGUGGCGCGCAACUCAUGGCGGCGCUGACCAAGUUGCAAGAUGUCUAUCCGAUUCUGGACGUGCGCGGCUUGGGGCUGAUGGUGGCCGUGGAAUUGGACACGUCGGUGCCGCCGGGUACAGCGGCGCGAGUGGCGCACGCGUGCGUGGGCCAUGGGAUGCUCUUGCUCCCAACCAGUGUGUACGAAACCCUGCGCUUCAUCCCGCCGUUGAAUGUGUCGGCCGGCGAAAUCGAGCUCGGCGUGGCGAUUUUCGCCAAAGCAUUGGCCGAUGCUCUCUCGUAG